AUGUCCGCCCACAACGGGUGGCUCCGGGCGAACGCCCUGUUCUCCCUCGCCGUCGUCGCCCUGAGCGUGAUCGCCGCGUGUGCGUCGUUCACCGACCGUUUCACCCAGUGCCAACCGAGAAGUUCAAUCCCGACGCUGAGUGAACCAAAGAUCUCAAUCGUCUCCCACGACAAGAUCGUUCGACGGAAAGACGGGAGCGACGAAUUGCACGUCACCUUGGACAUCGACUACGACCUGUCGCACUGCGCGACGUGGAACACGCGCGCGGUGCACGCGCAGGUGACGAUCGGGUACGAGACGGAGCGCAGGCUUUCAAACGAGGCGACGGUUUGGGAUCGAACGGCGACGACGAAGCAGGAUAUGCGAGUGAGCGGUCGAUUUCCGGGGAAAUACGGCGUACGAACGGUGGACGAGGGAAUAAGCGGGCGGGCGGUGGAGUUGAAGUUGCGAUGGGCGGUGUUGCCGCGGAGCGGGAAGAUGUGGCGAGGCGUGCAAAGCGUUUGGAACUCGACGAUUCCGGCGAUGGAGGAGGAGAAUCCGGAUCUUGAACCAGGGCAGCGAAGAAUGAUUAAGCAGACUCGGACGCCGGGGAUGCCGUGA